CCAGAACCCGAGCCGGAUCGCGGGCUCAGAGCGAACCCGACGCGACCGCGGUCUGCAGCCAGGCGCCAUGCUGCCACUCCUGCUGGGCCUGUUGAGCCCGGUAGCCUGUUGGGCACUGGGCCCGGCGCCAGGCUCCACGGAGCUGCGCUCGGCCUUCUCUGCAGCACGCACCACUCCGUUGGAGGGCACGUCGGAGAUGGCGGUGACCUUCGACAAGGUGUACGUGAACAUCGGGGGCGACUUCGACGCGGCCACGGGCCAGUUCCGCUGUCGCGUGCCCGGCGCCUACUUCUUCUCCUUCACGGCUGGCAAGGCUCCGCACAAGAGCCUGUCGGUGAUGCUGGUGCGCAACCGCGACGAGGUGCAGGCGCUGGCCUUCGACGAGCAGCGGCGGCCCGGGGCGCGGCGCGCCGCCAGCCAGAGCGCCAUGCUGCAGCUCGACUACGGCGACACGGUGUGGCUGCGGCUGCACGGCGCCCCGCAGUAUGCGCUGGGCGCGCCCGGCGCCACCUUCAGCGGCUACCUGGUCUACGCCGACGCUGACGCGCCUGCGCGCGGCCCGCCCGCGCCCCCCGAGCCGCGCUCUGCCUUCUCGGCGGCGCGCACGCGCAGCCUGGUGGGCUCGGACGCCGGCCAAGGGCCGCGGCACCGGCCACUUGCCUUCGACACUGAGCUGGUCAACAUCGGGGGCGACUUCGACGCGGCGGCCGGCGUGUUCCGCUGUCGCCUGCCGGGCGCCUACUUCUUCUCCUUCACGCUGGGCAAGCUACCGCGCAAGACGCUGUCGGUGAAGCUGAUGAAGAACCGCGACGAGGUGCAGGCCAUGAUUUACGACGACGGCGCGUCGCGGCGCCGCGAGAUGCAGAGCCAGAGCGUGAUGCUGGCGCUGCAGCGGGGCGACGUCGUGUGGCUGCUCAGCCACGACCACGACGGCUACGGGGCCUACAGCAACCACGGCAAGUACAUUACCUUCUCCGGCUUCCUGGUGUACCCCGACCUCGACCCCGCCGGCUCGCCUGGUCUCGGGCCCCUGGAGCUCUGAGCUCCCACCCGGAGAGGAGCCCGAGGACGUGCAUGCCGGGCCGGGCUGGCCCAACCGUGGCCCAACCCUCCGCCGGCGCGAGCAUGACGGCCCGCCCGGGGCGGCUGGACUCUGCCAAUAAAGGGGGCCUGCGCCGGCGCCUGUGUUUUUGGGGUCCUGUUCUCU